CGGCGGCGGCAGUCCUCGUACGAACCCCACCACAUUCGGGUCGUCACUAUGAGUUCGCAGCCCGAGAAACGUUACCACAACCGCAGUCUCGUUCCCGUGUCAACCGCGAUCGCUCCGUCUUCGUAGGUAACCGCGUGGUGAACUGCACGGCGGACCGGGGAAUAAAAGAUGUCGACGAACAAGACGACGAUCGGUAGCAGUGUGUCAGCCGAACGCUCCGUCGUCCACCGUUCGCGACCGGUAUAAACACCGGGGCCGCGGUGUUUUCCAUUUUACGAUAUUUUGUUUUUUGAUAUUUUUUUUCCACUUCCGUACCGCGCGAGUGUGUUCGGCGAGUCUCAAACGACGUACUGAAUAAAUAUUACAAUCGUGUACUUCGCAUCGCGUUUCCGUGUCCGUUCCGUGGUUCGACGACGGCGACCGGACCGUCUCACCAGACAUGAUCGCGCGGACCCCGUCACCGUGAGCUGAUCCACGAAAUCUAAAGUAAAAGCAAAAUGGCUUCUGUGUUGGCCGUGUCAUCAGUAAUAUUCUUAACAUGCUUGUCAUGUUACUAUAACAGCCUACACUGUGACUUUGUUUUUGAUGAUAUCAGUGCUAUUAAGGAUAACCGAGAUUUGAAACCUCAAACUCCAGUGUGGAACAUAUUUUACAAUGAUUUUUGGGGCACACCAAUGUACAAGGAGCAAAGUCAUAAGUCAUAUCGACCUUUAACAGUUUUAACAUUCAGAUGGAAUUACAUGAUCCAUCAGUUGGAACCCAUGGGAUAUCAUCUUGUAAACAUAUUACUACAUGCCAUAACAAGUGUUCUCUACUAUAGGGUCUGUCAUACAAUACUAGCAUCCGAGUUCACUAGCUUUAUGGCUGCUAUGCUUUUUGCUAUUCAUCCCAUACAUACUGAGGCCGUAACCGGCGUAGUGGGACGAGCAGAAACACUUUCAUCUGUGUUUUACUUACUUGCAUAUUUAUUUUAUACAGAAGCAACUAAAAGAAAAAAAUAUUUUGGAUGGAAGCCUUUAACACUUUCCGUAGUGUGUUUGAGCGUAGCCAUGCUAUGUAAAGAACAAGGAAUUACAAUAGCCGGGGUUUGUGUUCUUUAUGAAGUUUUCGUCGCACAAAAGAUUAGGCCGAAAGAUCUGAUGAACUCGUUCAAGUUAUCAGUGGCCGCUACUAGUCACCACUCAGUCACCAACGGAACUAGUGGUGGAGGAGGUGGUUCACCAAAAACCACCACCGGAAACUCUGCUUCCAUCUCGGCUGGGUUACAGGCCAUUCCUUCGGAUGCGGUCAAACGGUUAGCAUUCCUGUUAUUGUCUACGUGUGCUUUACUAGCAUUUCGACUGAAAAUCAUGGGCUCCAAGUUGCCUGUAUUUACCAGGUUCGACAACCCAGCCAGUGUGUCGGAAUGGCCAGCAAGACAGCUGACUUAUAACUAUCUGGUGAGCAUCAAUGCGUGGUUACUGAUAUUUCCGUGUGACUUGUGCUGUGAUUGGACAAUGGGUACCAUACCGCUAGUCGAGUCCACUUCAGAUCCCAGAAAUUUAGCUACCUUAGCUACGUACUCCGUGAUCGCCGCUCUUGUGUACACUGUUUUUACCACGUCCAAUCGGAUUAAACGUGUCGUCGUCAUUAUGAGUUUGGGAUUGACCAUUCUACCGUUUCUCCCUGCGUCAAACAUGUUUUUUCCAGUAGGAUUCGUUGUAGCCGAACGAGUCUUAUAUAUGCCAUCGAUGGGGUUGUGCAUGCUCGUCGCUUACGGCUUAGGACUCGUAAUGGACAGAUGCAAAUCCCGAAUCAUUUGGGCGGCCAUCUGUCUCCUGAUAAUCACUUACAUGAUGAAAACGUACUCUAGGAACUGGGACUGGUCUUCCGAAUACACGAUUUUCACAUCCGGGUUAAAAGUGAACAAACUAAACGCCAAGCUGUACAACAACGUUGGACAUGCACUGGAAGCGGAAAACCGUUUUCAAGACGCACUUGUGUACUUUCAAAAAGCCGUCAGUGUACAACACGAUGACAUUGGAGCUCACAUAAAUGUCGGACGCACGUACAACCAUUUAAAAAUGUACAAGGAAGCCGAACACGCUUACUUGAAGGCUAAAUCAUUGCUUCCCAAAGCCAAACCAGGCGAGUCGUACCAGGCUCGUAUAGCUCCUAACCAUCUAAACGUCCUACUGAAUUUAGCCAAUCUAAUAGCUAAAAAUCAGACACGCCUGGAAGAAGCAGAUAUGCUUUACCGGCAAGCCAUAAGCAUGCGAUCUGAUUACACGCAAGCUUACAUUAACCGUGGUGACGUUUUGCUCAAGCUCAACAGAACGAAAGAAGCGCAAGAAGUAUACGAAAGAGCGUUGUUUUACGAUACAGACAACCCAGACAUAUAUUAUAAUCUGGGAGUGGUGCUUUUGGAACAGGGUAAACAUUCACAAGCAUUAGCUUACUUAGACAAAGCUUUAGAGUUUGAUCCAGACCAUGAACAGGCAUUACUCAACUCAGCUAUAUUACUUCAAGAGUUGGGACAGGCCAACUUAAGGAAACUGGCUGAAAAAAGACUGCUCAGGCUUCUAUCGAACGGCCAAAAAAAUGAACGGGUUUUUUUCAACUUGGGUAUGCUGGCAAUGGACGAGGGUGACGUACCUGCCGCGGAGCAUUGGUUUCGGCAGGCGAUCCUUAUUAAAGAAGAUUUCCGAGCUGCUUUGUUCAAUCUAGCCCUGUUGCUAGCCGAUGACCACAGACCUCUACAAGCAGCUCCAUUUCUUAAUCAGUUGGUCAGGUUCCAUCCGGAUCACGUCAAAGCUUUGAUACUACUCGGUGAUAUCUAUAUCAAUAAUAUCAAGGACCUUGACGCAGCCGAAAACUGCUACCAAAGAAUCUUACAAUUGGAUCCUGACAACACACAAGGAAUGCAUAAUCUCUGUGUGGUGUACGUAGAACGCGGUCUGCUAAAAGAGGCUGAAACUUGUUUACAAAAAGCUCACCUGAUGGCACCACACGAAGACUAUAUAGUAAAACAUUUAAAAAUCGUGCAAAACCGCUUACAGGCCAAACAGACUUCCGAUCAGCUCAAUCAGGAAAGUCGACCGGAUUCUAAGGAAGUUCGUAAAACUGAAAAAGACACGACUCGACCGGAUACCAAUCUGAAGUCCGAUACUAAACCAUCGACACUUUCACUAUCAUAAACUCUAAUAAUUUUGGUUAAAAUAUAAAUAGAUAUAUAUUUUUUUUUAGUUAGUCCUAUAUAACUCACUGUUUUUGUAUAUUUUAUAUGUACUGAUUUUUUUUUUCAAUUCUCUUAUAACAUUCCAACUAAGACGAUAAAGUGACAAAUAUUUUACAUAUUUUAAACCUCAAUUAAAUUUUAUUCAAUACUUAAAAUGGUUUCUCAAACUAAAUCUCAUUAUGAUGAUACUACUUAAAAUGAACUUUUUAAAGUUGGCCAAUAUGAUGUAAUUCGGUCAUUAAAAUGGCAGAGCUAUAAUUUAAAACAUAAUUUUAAACAUUUUAAAACAGUAUAUUUACCCUGGACAAUAGUCUACCAAGAAAAAGUAACCACCUGUGACACUAAGUUCAACCUGGUGAUCAUACAUGUUGGAACUGCCUCCGUAGGCUACUCGGCUGCUCCAAUCCUUCAUAAGCCUUCAUCGGUAAUACUCCUAGUCAAAAAAAUGUUAUAUAUUUCAAUUGAGAAAAAAAAUUACUCAGUAAAUAAUUAGAUAUAUUUUUAUCUUAAAU